AUGGACUGCAUCGGCCGCGGCGUCCUCCUCCCCCCGGGCGGGGCGUGCUCGUGCGGGGCGCUUCUGGCGGAGCUGCAGCGGGUCUGCCCCCUCCUCGCCGCCUCCCCGGGGGUCUGCGCCGCGCCCCGGGCCCUUGCGUGCUGCCACCAGCCCCCGUGCCUCGAGAUCGCGCCGGCGCCGGCCACCCCGCGCAGCGCCGUCCGGGUCCCUGGGUCCGCGUGCACGGCUCCACCGCCCGCCGCAGGGCCCCCGGAGGCCGCCCCGGCCGAGAGCGUCCAGGUGACCCUCAGCGCCCAGCGCGAGUCGUUCGUGAUGCAGACGAUGCGGCAGGCGCACUACGGCGGCGGAGAGGCCCCCGCGAGGGCGGAGAGCGCCCGCCUGCCCGCCCCGCAGGCCUCGGACCCGAGGGAGGCCCGGCGGAGCCACGCGUCCCGCCCGCGGACGGCCGGCCCCCGCCUCCCCGCCUGCCCCGAGGAGCCCCCCGGCAGGGUCCAGUUCCGGGGCGCCCCCGAGGCCCCGCCCCUGCGCUGCGAGCCGGCCCCGCCCUCCGAGUUCAGCGACUUCGGGUGCGAGCUGCUCGCGGCGGGCCAGCCCGAGGACCGGCGGGUCUGCGGCGCCCCGUGGGUGGACGCGCAGGACCUGCUGAGCGACGGCUCCGAGCACAGCGAGUUCUACCGCCUCGUCGAGAGGGAGCUCGCGCGGCUUCCGGAGCCCGCGGCCCCGGCCCUCCCGGAGAGCGAGCCCUCGCUGGACGCGCUGCCCGUGCACGCCUCGCCCCGGGGCCCGCAGAUCAUCGAGCCCACGCCGGCCGCCCUGCAGGAGCCAGAGGAGCCCGCGCCCCCGCAGCCCCCCACGCCGGGCCGCUCCGACAGCGUCUCGGCAGACAUCACGGAGUCGCUCCUCGUGGAGGGCCGGCCCCUGCCCGACCGCCCCCCGGGCCCGGAGCCGUCCGAGGGCAGCGCCGGGUACAGCGGAGAGGCCUUCGACAGCUCCGGCUCGCCCCGGGGCCUGACCGACGAGGCCGCGGGGUCUGCGGGCCUGGACGAGGAGGACCUGCUGGGGUCCGUCGGCGGGGACCUGCGGGCGCUGCUCAUGGACAGCGGGUCCGGGUCGCUGUCUGCGGGGGCCUGGCCGGAGUGA